AUGUCGUAUAAUCACAGGGGUCAAUAUCAGCAGCCUACACCGAACCAGCAGUACCCGGACCAGUAUGGCCAAUACCCCCCACAACCAUCCCCGGGCUUGAAUGGAGGAUACCAACAAGGACAGUAUGCGCAACAGCCACAGCAGCCUGGCCAGCAGCAGUACGACGCUUAUGGCGGUUCUGGAGCAGGUGGUGGCCCGGUGCAGCAGGUCGGACAGGGCGGAUAUCAUGAUGCUUACAGUCCACGGGCCACGAGCUUCGGCGGUGGAUAUGGCUCGCAAUCUCCACAGCCGCCGUACCAAUACAACCCUCAACAUUAUGCGCCAUCGCAUGCGCAGUCGCCAGCGCAGCCAUCGAUACCACAGUAUAACCCGGCUGCGUAUGCACAAAGCCCUCCUACGCAAUACCCGCCACAACCCUACGGCUAUACACCACCAUCAGCCUACCAGUCGUCAUUUUCGCCGCAACAGCCGACAUAUCAGCCUUCGCCACCAGCGACACAACAGCAAUUCAAUUACACGCAGCCGGCACCGAGUCAUGCAUAUAGCUACCCUGACCAGCAGCACGCGCUUCCACUACGGCAGCAGCCUGUGUCAGCUUAUGGCUACGGACAGUCCUCGGCUAGCGCACCGUAUCCCACUGAGCCAGUACGACAGCAUACACUUGGUGUAGGGCAUAUGCAGGCACCACAGCACGGAUAUACCAGCGUCUCCCCUGCGUUGCCAGGAUUGUCCGACCAACCAUGGGCACCCUCACCACCUCAGUACACGCUAAGCCAAGCAGACACACGGCAAUCACCUUCGCCACUCUAUCCAUCUGUGUCGCAUCCAUCACUACCAUCUCCCCAGUCAUCCUCUACCCCUGGUCCUACACCUCCAGCGCACAGCCACGCUAUCUCACGAAGUAAUACAUUAGACCGACAUCCACAGGCAAGACCACUACCCGGACCGCCGGACCCCGAUGGCCGUGACUACUUCCAGCUUCGAAAUGGUUCCCAACAGCAACUAAGCCACGAGGAGGAAGAGGCGAUGACUCAAGAAGAACUUUUCAGCCAAGUCGAGAAUGCUGUACUCAAUGCUGGUAGCGGCGCCGACGGUAGAGGCCGCAGCCCUUCUAUCUCCGUAACACGACCUCCUUACGAUAAUAUCAGUCAGCCGAUAGCCUUGUUUGCACCGACAUCACCACAUCUCCGUCGUAACGGCAGUACGGCGAAUGGCCAUCUUAGCCCGACUGCAGCGGAGCAUCCCCAAAGUGACGAAAGCGAUGCCGAAGGCGCACAAGGCCUGGCCAUGCUGCGUGAAGCUGAGCAAGAUGACUUCAAUAGUUCCGGACGAUUCAGCUAUGGAAGUAUGUCUGGACCACAUUCUCGAACACAAUCACAGCAGCAAGCGCUUUCUCCUCGGAAUGCAAAUGCUACAGGUGGUGCUAGCGAUAGUGAUGACUACGGGACUUAUGAUAUGAGCUCGUUUGGUGGGCCGGAUGUUCGAUUGAGUUAUGGUGGUAAUGAUCCGACCCAGUUGGUCACACAGACACCACUACAUAUGCCCAUGCCAGGAGAUCCGCCUGGAAGUUACGAUGCGUACAGUCAACCUGUCUCGAGCCAGCACAGCAGUAUGCGGCGAAGUCAUGCUAGCCAGUCGAGUCAGAUCAGUAGGACGGGAGACUACAACUAUGGCAUGGACACGAUUCACCCGUUCCCACCUUUCAAUCCUGCAGCUCGUGUCGAGGUUGGAGGUACGGGGGGUCUGAGUGAGCCGACUGGUCACGGUAGACGGCAGAGUUACGACGAGGGAGACGAGUAUGUGCUCAUGGAAGGACAAUUACCAGAACGCUUUCCGGACGAGCCGCCAGAUAUCUUCUUUCAGCAAGCUUUGACUACUUAUCCUAGCAACAGGCCACUGCCAGCUGUGCCGGGAGCUGAGAACAUACCACCAUUGCAGACAGACAUCAGGCAGUCGUACCCGCAUGCGCCUGAUGCUUAUGGCAUGAACGCUGCUGGGCAAUGGGUACCGAGAUCGACAAGCAUGAUCAGCCAUCAGACUACACCGCAGAUCUCGCAACCUCUGCGCUCUAAGACGGAUGCGGAGGAGCGGCGUCUCAAGAUCCAGGCAUUACGACACUCGAACUCCUUGACACCAACAUUCGAGUCGACGCCUUCCAGUUCUGUGGUGCCUGACUUGCCUUCGCUGGGAGCCAAGCGUUUCAUACCUGCCAAGCUCGGUGCACCAGACUUUAACAAGUGCGACGAGCCUUGGAGCUUGAUGGGAAUGCUCAGAUGGCUGUUCCAGGUCAUCCCUCCGGAGCAGUAUACCGAGCUCAAGGAAGCAGAAGUUAAAGACGCACUUGUGGCAUUGUUCACGAACAAAGUGCCCACAAUGAACAUUGCCGAUGCCGAAGGGCUGAGUAAUCAUGCCGCGGCGGAGAUGUACACUGCUGGUGCUCUAAUUACAACAGAGGAGUGGGUGAAGCUCUUCCCAGCACCAAUCAGUGGUGUCAUCUACCAGCUCACAGGCCACGGCUGCUACAGCCCAACCCUACACGACCACAUCAUCCCCGGAAGGUGCUACAGCCGCCACUGCCAGCGCACUCUAAAGAAAGUGAACUUGCUGUCUGCACCCGGUCUAGCUAGCAGAGGCGAAGACUGGGCCACCUUCUACCAUCUCAAAAAAGAAGACAUCGAAGGCAAAAGCACAAAGGAGAUCGAGCGACAGAACGUUCUCCAUGAGAUGGUCCAGACGGAGGAAAUAUACAUGGAGCAGCUUAGUAUCUUGCGCAUGCUAUAUCGGGACGCGCUUUUCAGUAGUGAUCCCAGUAUCAUCAGCCCGAAGCGAAGAGAUAAGUUCGUCAAGGAUGUGUUUGGACGUGUCGAUGCGGUCAAGCAGGCUAAUGAAGACCACUUGCUUCCGCAGCUCAAAUAUAGACAGCAGGAACAGGGACCAUGGAUUAUCGGGUUCUCGGAUAUCUUCAGGCAGUGGAUCCGGAAGGCGAAGGUGGCGUAUCUGGACUACAGCUCCAACUUCCCCGGCGCCAACUUCCUCGUCAGACAGGAGCUGGAGCGGAAUCUGGAUUUCAGGGCUUUUAUUGAUCGGGUAAGUAAGGAUAAGAGGAGUCAGCGGUUGCAAUGGGAUACCUUCCUCAAAGCGCCGAUCACGAGGUUACAGCGAUACACGCUCCUGCUCGUGACUGUGAUGAAGAACAUGCGCGGCGAUGACGCGAGGUUGGAUGAGGAGAAAAGGAAUCUGCAGGUUGCGUAUGAGGAGAUCAAGGCCGUGACGCUGGAAUGCGAUGCGAGAGUUGCCGAGAUGCAGAGGAAGGUCGACCUAAGUGAUCUUAGUGUGAAGUUGGUACUUCGGCCGGGCAUGCAGCAGGCUGUUGAGCUGAAUCUGGAUCAUAUUGGACGUAUGCUUAUACAUCGGGGCGAAUUGCAGAGAAUGGGUGGCAACAGGUUUACGUGGCUGGACUCGCAUGCGUUGUUAUUUGAUCAUUAUAUGGUCAUUGCGAAGACCGUCGCGCGCACGGCCGAAUUGGGCGGCAAAAGCGAGAAGUACGACGUUUCUCGCCUACCUAUACCCAUGGAUCUUCUGAUUCUGGAGAGCGCGAACGAGCCAGCGGUACAGAAGAGCAGUUAUGUCAAGGGUAUUACUUCCGUCACGACUGUGACUGGGCGAACGGCAGAUCAGCAGGCGGCGCUCGCGAGAACGGCUAGUAACAAUUCACCCAAUCCUGGCGCGCUGGCGCACGUGAACACCGGGGCUUCGACCAAUAGUCUACAAACUGUCACAAGCCUGGAAGGAAAGGACAGCGAUCGUAUCAUGUACCCGUUCAAGAUCAAGCAUCUAGGUCGGGAAACGUACACGCUCUUUGCACCUACCGAUAGUGCGAGGAGGGAAUGGUGUACCAAGAUCAUCGAAGCCAAGACGAAACACGCAGCAGCGCUGUACGCACAGCACGCCGAGCCUUUCAAGAUCCGAGUCAUGGCCGAUAGCGCUUUCGUCUUUGACGGUUUCGCUGCUCCAGGCAACACCGGGCAGAAAGGUGUUACGAUCCACGGUACGCCUGUGGAUCGUGCAAUCAAGGAGGUCGAGCAUAGAUUUAAGGACACUGGACGGCCUGGACCUAUCUGUCGCGCGAGGGUGAAUUGUGCGACGGCUUUCACGAUGGGAGAAAAGAGUAUGGUGGCGGUCGGGACGGAUUUUGGGGUGUUCGUUAGUGAGAUGGAGAAUCCACGAGGUUGGAAUAAGUCCAUCCCAAUGGUAAAAGUAACACAGAUCGCUGUCCUAGAGGAGUUCAAUCUGUUCCUCCUCAUCGCCGACAAGACUCUAGUGGCCUAUCAUCUUGAUGUCGUCUGCCCGACAGACAACCGCAACGGUCCCGCAACCAGCAAUUCGAACAACGACUCUGCUCGCAAAGCACCUCAGAAACUUUCCGGCAGCAGAGAUGUAGGACUUUUCGCCAUCGGACGCCAGAAAGACAGAACGUUAGUCUUCUACAAGAAGCGCGAGAACCUCAACUCCGUGUUCAAAGUAUUGGAACCGAUCUACCAAAAGUCCACUGAGAAGCGCAGCCGAACCGCAGGCCUGUUCAAGAGAGGAACGUACGAGUUCUUCCGCGAAUUCGAUGAAUUCUACAUCCCAACCGAAUGCACGGGCAUGAAUCUGUUUCAGUCAAGCUUAGCAGUCAGCACGUCCCGUGGCUUCGAGGUCCUGACUCUAGACAAGAAGAACCCGCUCACUGUCCCUGAUCUCCGAGCACCGGAGGUGCAGAAUAUCGCAUCCCAUAUUAAGGAUCAGCGUGCUCUAGGAAUGUUGAGGUUGAGUGACCAGGAGUUUCUGCUUUGCUACUCCAACUGUGCUGUCUACGUCAACAAGCACGGCGAAGUUUCACGAUCUGUUAUCAUGGACUUUGUGGGCAAUGCUCAGAACGCUGCUCUAUACGGAGCGUAUCUGAUUUUGUUUGAUAGUGAUUUCGUGGAGAUCAGGAAUGCGCAAAACGGCCGGCUGAAGCAAAUCAUCGCUGGACGGGAGAUCAAAUGUCUGGAUGAUGGAGCGGGUACUGCUACGGCGGCAGGUGUGGCUAAUGGUGGGUUCGUGAAUGGGCCGUCUCCUGGCGGUGGUGCGGGCAAGACGGUGAAGUUUGUUAUGCAGCAUCCUGAGCUCGAAAGGACGCAGAUUGUGGUUGAAUUGUUGCUGAAUGAAAAUAUGAAGGAGUAG